CUUUGUACUUGAGCUUGUAAGAUUUGUAACGAAACACCACGAACCAUAUGUCGAAAUCCGUGGUAGACAGGGGAAAAAAGGAGAAAGAGCGCAGAGAUCGACGUCAAACUUUUCUCUCGUCGGCCGGUCACGUAAGCCGAGAAUGGUUUCAGGGUUACCGAUGCGAAGAACGGAAAAAUGUGAUCGAAGGAAGGCGGAUUUGGUGGUGGAAGGCGGCUGAUCGGUGUACCGGUACCACCACCACCGUAGCCACCACCAUAGCGAGCACCACCACCACCAGUGCGAGUGUGGCCCACCACCAUCGGUCGUUGGGUGAUCGCGAGCGCGAGAAUGGUGGUGGCCACGCGAUAUAGUACCAACACUCCCUUCUUUGUUGCUGCUUUGCUAGAAAGGUGACUAUGCCAAGAAGACAGGAGGUAUUGAGCACGCCUUGCGUAUACCCAGUCACCUUUCUCUCUUCGUGACCGUAGCAUAUGUUUUGCGACGUCGAUGGAGCUCUCGCGGCUUUGAACGGCGCUACAUCGAAGCUGCUGCUCCGGCUUCUCGUUGCCUCCUUCCUACCCUUCUUCCCCCGUUGCAUUUUUACCGAAUUCCUCCUCGGCGAGAAGAACGCAGCCGAAAGUCCGUCAGUGUUCGCACGGCCGGGACCAAGCUCGGUAAAACCGUAAUUAACCAAAAGCCAAGGGAAACCGCCGCGGCAACGACAUCGCCCGGACUCGGCCAGCUCGCGCGAUAUCGCACCGUUUCACCGGUUUAACCGAUUUUUCCAUCCCGCACACGCUCACCGUCGAUCUUGCCGCGUAUGUGCGCGAAUCCGACGCCCGAUUAGCAAGCACCAACAUUGCCAUUUGCCACCUGGAAGUUUGUUUCCUGCGUGAACUCGUCCUGCGGUUAGGAUCAAGCACAGGGAAACGAAGAUGAUCAUCGUGAGCAGCGUGUUGCUCCUGCUGGCGGUCGUGUCGAGAGUGGGUUGCCAACGAAACCCCAUCCCGAGAAGCGCCAGGGCGAGCAGAAACGAAGCUGCGUUGGAAUUCGAGUGUCCCGAGGAGUUCGGGUAUUACCCUCAUCCGCGUGACUGUACUCAGUACUACGUGUGCGUGUUCGGUGGUGCGUUACUCGAGUCCUGCACGGGUGGAUUAAUGUACAGUCACGAGUUACAGACAUGCGAUUGGCCACGUAACGUAGGCUGUCCCGGAGGCGGAUCUCCCAGUAAGGAAACCGAAGAAGAUCCGCUGUUGGAAAGAUCGGCGAAGAUCGAGAGCCUUCAGGAGCAGCAACAGCAGCAACGAUCGCAACAGCAGAUCCGGGAACAGCAGCAACAACAGAGACGCGAACAGCAGCAGCACCAGCAACAGCAACAGCAAUUGCAACCGCGACCUGUUCAGAGGCAACAGAUUUCUGCUACCACCACCCCACCGCCUGUACCCCAGAUCACCGAGAAGCAGAUUCGUCAGAGGCAACAGGCCAGGAACUAUCACGAGGACGAGUACGAGCCAGCGUCCGAGAUCGAGAGCGACAGGCAGCAGCGAGUCUACAGAGGACAACCUUCCACGAUUGGUCAAGUUCAACGAGACAGGGAUGGUCUGAGGAGAAACGUGAUUUCCGAAAGAGAGAAGGAGAGCCUGGUGAGCACGCGUGCCCAACCGGAAGCCCAUUACAGGACGCAGGUACCAUCCUCGGAGUCGCCGAGGGUCGCCAAGAUCCUGGCCUCCACCGUCGCCCCUGUCAUCUCCAAGUCGUACUACAACGACCCGGACCAGAGUUAUCCGUAUUACACCAUCUACGACGAGGACGUGUCGAUUUACAAAGACGACGAUUACAACCAAUACACCGUGAAUCAAUCGGUACCCGUUCAGCCGAGUGUCAAGAUCAGCGAGGUGAGCGCGAAGCAGUACCAAAAGCCAAAAAAGGUCGCGGUGAACGAAGCGGACAAGUACAACCUGAACCAGGACGUCACGGUGCAGGACUACGAUAUCUACGAGAACCAGGCUCAGCUCAACAAGAACAAGUUCCGCAUUACCGAAGGCCAGUCGUUCAGACCGAACGUGCUCAGCCACCCAGUCGUCCACGUGACGACUCCAAAUGCCAUCGUGGACACGUUCAUCCCGUUGACGACGACCACGCAGCCUCCGACCACCACCAACAGGCCCUACACGGUCAAUGCACCCAGCCGAGGUCGUCCGCAGCAGAUCCAUCGUGGCACGGCACCACCGCGAUCGCGACCAACCUUGAAGCCGUCCACCGAGAUCGUGUCGAAAGCGCAGGAGUUCGUCGACAUCUACAGGUACCCUCCGACCAGGCCGGCGCCGAUUUACCCGACUCCUCAGGUCGACAAACCGGCGGCCAAGUGUCGCAAGGACGUCUGCUUACUUCCCGAUUGCUGCUGCGGCGGUGCAGACAUUCCAGGUGACUACCUUCCGGAGGAGAUACCGCAAAUCGUUCUCCUGACGUUCGACGAUUCCGUGAACGACCUGAACAAGGGUCUCUACGCCGACCUGUUCGAGAAAGGACGAAAAAAUCCAAACGGCUGUCCCAUCUCGGCCACGUUCUACGUCUCCCACGAGUGGACCGACUACAGCCAGGUCCAAAAUCUCUAUGCCUCCGGUCAUGAGAUUGCCUCCCACACGGUUUCGCACAGUUUCGGCGAGCAGUUCUCUCAGCGAAAGUGGGCGCGAGAAGUAGCCGGGCAGCGUGAAAUUCUCUCGGCCUAUGGAGGCGUGAAGCUGGAGGAUGUCAGGGGAAUGAGGGCGCCGUUCCUAUCGGUCGGCGGGAACAACAUGUUCAAAAUGUUAUGGGACACGAACUUCACGUACGACUCGUCGAUGCCGAUCUACGAGAACCGACCCCCCAGCUGGCCGUACACCUUGGACUACAAGCUCUUCCACGACUGCAUGAUUCCACCGUGCCCCACCAGAUCUUAUCCAGGCCUGUGGGAAGUUCCUAUGGUGAUGUGGCAGGACCUGAACGGAGGUAGAUGCUCGAUGGGCGACGCGUGCAGCAACCCGCCGACUGCUGACGGUGUUUACAAGAUGCUUAUCAAGAACUUCGAGAGACACUAUACGACCAACAGAGCGCCGUUCGGGUUGUUCUAUCACGCCGCCUGGUUCACGCAGCCGCACCACAAGGAGGGCUUCAUUUCGUUCCUAGACACCAUAGUCGCGAUGGACGACGUGUGGAUCGUGACGAACUGGCAGGCGAUUCAAUGGGUCAGAAAUCCUACGCCACUGCCGCUCUUACACACCUUCGAAUCCUUCGGGUGUAACUAUCCGGACCGGCCGAAGAAGUGCAACAACCCGAAGGUUUGCAAUCUUUGGCACAAGAGCGGAGUGAGGUACAUGAAGACUUGCCAGACGUGUCCGGACAUCUAUCCGUGGACGGGUAAGACCGGGAUACGAAGCAGUCGCAUCGACAACGACGUCGAUGCGCACGAAUGAACGAAAAGGGGAUCGGUGUUCCGUGCGAUCGAGGUCCACCCAGCCGAAGAGGAGUAGCAGCGCCAACGGAGGAGACGAGACGUUUUUACUGCGAUUCGAUUAAAAUCCCGUCCUCAUUUCUCCACUAGCCACAUCCCACGGAACGUAUCCAGGUCGAGUACGCCAACGAAAUCGACUCGAAAGCACUCCGCCACCUUUUCCCUUCUUCUUCAUUGGAAACGAGUCGCGAAGAAACCAGCAUCACGCGAUGGCUCUUCGACGACAUGUUCGGACAAAUGUAUCGGUCGAUUUAUCCAUACAAAGGCAUUCGAAUGCACGAUGGCUGAACGUUUCGAGGCUCUGCAUCCUUAUCAGCGAACGAAAAGAAAUUUCAGGUAUGCCCUGCAACGAGUCUGUCGUAUAUUAUAUUAAUAUACGCCGGAAGCUCGUGGUAGAAACUCUCGCGUUUCACGCAAACGAUUCGAGGUUACUUUGCUAAAAACGUAUUUAAUCGACUUUAGCUUGGCGGGUCAUAAUACCGGAUACCGGUGUUCUCUUGCACGAUUGUUGUCGAGGUUUUUCAUUAGGCAAUCAACGUAUCGGAUGUAUUCGUAAUUCGCACGAUCCAUUAGAUUCUUGCGAGAAUCGAGAACGAGCAUCGUUUCGUCUUGUCCUUCCCUCUACUCUCGCUCCCUUUUCUCUCCCCCUGUUCGUCCUCUUCCACUCUUCGCCAGUCAUUCUUCUCGUUUUAACUCGAAGCUUGUAUCCUUGGCGUACUCGGCCAAAUCCGAUAGACGAAUUAACUAAUUGUAAAGUAUAUUAUCGUGGAUGUGCAAACGCAAACAAAAGCCGGAAUCGUCUGUCGCGAGAGGUUUCCUGAAAUCGAACUGGAGGUUCAGCACGCGCGGAGGUCGCCUUGCAGACGAGAGAAACAAACCGUGAGAACGAGUGUUCAUCUUGAACCGAUUAUCGCGCACACGAGGGGAUCGUCGUGUAUACCUUUUAGAACCUGAAACUGUAAUACGCCUUUAAUCAAUAAAUAUUUCGCUACAAUUCCUACC